AUGAUCGCUUUUAUUCUCUUUCAAUUAAAUAUUCUGACCCUUUCACUGUUCUCCACUCUCAUUUUGUGUGUCGGUCGAAAGAAGAAUUUAGAUGGCGACGGCGAGGUGUCACUAGUUCAACCGGGCGCUCAAAAAGUCAACACUGGCAUUGUGACGGCGUCACGUUCGGCGUCGAAGCCGCAGAAUGAUGAUUUCUCGGUCGGAGUGCCACCACCACACAUUCCUUUGGCUGAUAAAUCGGAUGAGAGAACUUUGGCAGACAUUGAAUCGAUUCAAAGUGAGAAAGCAAUGAUCCGAGAGAAGAAAAAGAAAAUGGCGGCCGGUGGUGUCGCGGCGAAAUCCGCCAAGAAAAAUGGCACAUCUAGUUCGAAAUCCCCUGCUGCAAAUAGUGCAGAAGUGAUGAAAGGAGUCAAAUCGCCGGGGGCUCUUGCAUGA